AUGAAUUUUAAUAAACUAUGCUUUAUAUUGAUUUUGUGCGUGAGUUUCAAUGAAGUUGCAUGCGAGGAUUCGCCGUUUGAACUUCCGGUGCAAUUGGUCGGAUUUCCUGUUAUUUUGGGCAGCGUGCGAUUAACGAAUUUCUUCAAGAAGCUGGGUUAUUCCUUAAGUCCUGCAACGUACCGCUCCAGGAACAGACGUCAACUGACUUUUGCAAGCGAUCCAGAAAAUUAUGACGUUUUAGAAGUAGAAAAAUAUAUCGUUGGUGAAUUCGGUGCCCGCGCAUGUGUAUUUGAGAGAGUGUGUGCACACUAUGCAGCAAGGUCCAGGAUUCAACCAAAGCCUCAAAUGGACUGGCCUGAUGUAUUUAGCCAGUACAACCGUUCUCCUGACCAGGCCAAAGAGUUGUACCUUCUCAGCGUGUUUCUAGGAGAUAUCGUGGGGUCACCGCAACUUUGUCAUCAGCUGGGCAAACGGAGGGCCUGCGAUGAUUCCAUACUUAGAUAGUACCUAUAUUAACUAGGUCUAAUAAUUAAUUUGGUGACACGUGAUUUACAGCAUUCCUUAUUGAUUAAAACGUGUUUUACACAACGCGUUUUAUCACAAUGUUACAAUUGACGCCGGCUAUCAUAUUUGCAUGUGACGUCAAUCUUAUAAAAACCCCCUUGGAUCCUCAUUUUUUCCUUUAAAAAAAUAUUGUUUUUCAUCAACGCUUUUAAUCGUGUAAUUUUCUAAAAAAUAAAUGCUUAUAAAAGUCUGAUAUAACUACAAUUCAAACAAAG